UAGUUUCAGGGUCAAUCUCCAGUUGUAGACGGGUGAUCCGGCACUACUAUCCUUCUCCUAUCUCUCCUUCUCCUUCCAGAGGAGGUUUCUAUUCCUCCUCCCUUGUACUUCUUCUCUUUCUUUGGAUCCCCCUCGAUGCCUCAAUCCUUAUUCUUCUGUUUUCCGUGGCUUUGAUCGUCAUUUAUUCUUCAAUAUCCCAAGAUUUCGCUGUUCUUGCCAGAGAUCCCGUCCCUUCUCUUCGCCAACCCUACCCUUCCUCAUCCCUUCUUCCCCUUUAACAUCGGGAUCACUCGGUUCUAACAGUUGAUCAAGCGGGCACAUAACAGGCAAGUGAACAGCAAACCAACAAGCAAGUAUGACAGACAAACCAGGCAUGCCGACGGGUGGCGGAGACGAUGCGGGAAGCAUCAUGGCGUUGCUGGAGCGUGUGGCGGGCCUCAUGGACAGCGUCCAGACCACGCAGCAGCGCAUGGAAGAGCGUCAGCUGGAGCUGGAGAACACGGUAAAGACCAUCCAGACGGACGUCAUUAAGCUGACCAGCGCCCACGCCACCACCAGCUCCACCGUAGACCGGCUGCUGGAGAAGACGCGCAAGGUCAGCCGCCACGUCAAGGACGUCAGGGUGCGCGUGGAGAACCAGAACAUCCGAGUGAAGAAGGUGGAAGCCACGCAGGGAGACCUGCUCGCCAAGAACAAGUUCAGGGUGGUCAUUUAUCAGGGUGACCAGGAGGUGAAGGCUGUCACACCAGGCAACGAGCCAGCAGAACCCAGCGGCAGCACUGCCGCCAGAGCCGAGAUAGAACCGGACAAGUUCGAGCUCCCUCCGGAGUCGGAUGAAGAGUACAUGGUGGUGGAGGAGGCAGACUCAGCAUCAGCCAGCCGCGAGAAGAAGACGGGGCUGACGCGCAUCGAGAGCUUCAAAGCCACCUUCUCCAAGGAGAACAUGAGCAAGACCCGCGAGAACCUGGGCACCAAGGUCAACAAGUUCGGCGAGCGCAUCGUGACGGCCGAGAGGCGCGAGAAGAUCCGCCAGUCCGGCGAGAGGCUGAAGCAGUCGGGCGAGAGGCUGAAGGCCAAGCUCAACCCCAAGAAGGAGAGGACUGUGGCGGAGGGCCAGGAAGGAGCCGAGGGCGCCACAGAGGGCGCAGCGGAGGCAGCCCAGCCCGUCCCUCCUCCCAAGGGCCGCAAGGGCAGCCCGGACGCCGCUAAGGCGGCGGAGGAUGAGGGCAAGGCGGAGGAUUCGGAGGUGCCGAUGUACGACAUGAAGCAGCUGUCGUAAAGCACGAGACAGUGACGAGAUCUGGGCCGUUUUCUUUGGACCACGCAGAGCGAGUGAAAGAGAGGUUUGUCAGGGUCGCAGCUACCAAGCAGAGCGGGCAGCGAUAUUACGAAUCCCACUAUGCCCACGCCAAGACCCGCCCUUCAAUAGCAUUCACACACUACUAUUGGCCAUGCGUCCAUGCUUACAUGUACAGGUACCUAUCCCCUGACCAAUCCCCUAACCCUAACCUUAACCACUGGAGGUGAAAUGCCUAACCCCAACCAAUCGAGCUGCUUCGUAGGGCGGGUCUUGGCGUGGCCAUAGUGGGAUUUGUAAUUUUGCGAGCAGGCAAGAACGCAAAUGAAGAUUAACAUUUGUUCGAAGGUUGUUGAAGGAAGUGAGCAGAGAACGGGCGCGGUCACAGAUCCAAUCUGACUGAACAUCAAGACAACAACCACAACAGAUUCCCGAGAUCAUUGAGGGUAUUUCACAUGCAGUCACGUCACGUGUGUUCUGGACAUUUAUUAUCAAAUCUAAAAUAUAUAUAUAUAGUCUUUUUUUGUGUUCAGUAAACACUGACUUUGGGAAAUAAAAGAACAAAGUGUUCAGAGUUCAGAACACAAAACUUCUCUCCCUGCUGUUCACUUGUUUUUGCAUGACGAUGAGGUUGACAUGUUGGGUGAUAAAGCUACGGUACGUUUUGCUUCUGUAAAAUGUUUGGAUUAACAGUUUUGCACUCAGUACUGGUGAAAUAAUUACAGACAAAAAGGUUGAAAACUCUGUCAUUGAGUAUCAACAUGAAUUAACCGGACAACAAAUGUGUGUUUGGAGGCGACAGUCAGGAUGAGAGUCUGUUUGAUGCUGUUGAACGGGACCCUACGCGGACCCAGUUAUAGAAUAUAAUCUGAAUUUAUUCAAGUCCUGGGUUGGCUUUCGGUUACUAAAGGACCCGUAAAGACCCCUAGUUUGUGUAAGUGAAAAAAAUGUAUAAACCUGUGUAAGCUAAGGAUAUAUUUAAAAUGAGUAAGACCUGAAGUCUGUGUUUGACAGAAUACUGACAGAUACAGUAAAAUUCUGAUAAGUUAUUGAAUAAAAAACAACAAAACACUUUGUAUUUUACAAAGUUUACCACCCAAACACUUGGAAGUCCAGGUUUAAAGUCUUGAAUUGAUUGAUUGAUUAAUAAACAUCUAAAUAGAUGAUUGAA